AUGGACGUGGAACUCAGCCCUAUUGACUGGAGUCUUGACAGUGUCGAUUUCAAGUCACUGUCGACGGUGACUCUGGUGAAUCACAAAUUGAAUUUCGCGCCGUCCAAGGCAUUUUUAGGCAUCAGACGAAGAAAUGGCUCUGCGAUCCAAUCCACAUCUUGGAUUUUCUUCGGCAAGAUCGGGAAAGCUGUCUAUCCUCCGAACAAUGCGCGCCACUUUGGUAAGGUUUUUGUGUCAAAUACCACGACCUAUCCGACCUUGGUUGGUCCUUACUGUAUUUGGAACUACAACAAACGUGGACCAAACUUCGAUGGGUCCGAUAUCAAGGCUGUGUAUAGGGAUCUAUCCAAGACUCUCACAUUCGCAUUCUUGCGCCAACCUCAAGCAGAUAAUCCGAUGCUCAAAGGCCUACGUCGAGACAAGAAUCAUUCCCUCCCCCCACUCCGAGUCCCUCCGGAUGUGUUGUACUGCCCAUACCUUCCUCAAGAGCUCGUCGACAGGGUGAUUGAAUACUGCGCCUGGAAUGAACGCACCUUGCUCGCUUGUAGCUUAGUGAGCCGAAGCUGGGUUACGGCUAGCCGCCGAUAUCUCUUUCGCAUUAUAUGCCUCCACACACAUACUUCCGUGGCUGCGUUUUUGCGCCUCAUAGUAUCAUCCCCUCAUAACAUCAUACCUUUCGUUCGAAAACUGGACAUCAUGGAACUCGACUCGAAAGCAUGGAUGCGUAGUCUCUUCCAUCGACUCCCUUCUUUCCCACAUCUAGAAUGCGUUUCAAUGCAGAUGGUUCCGAACUCGUACCAUUUCAAAUGGGGAUCUCAUUUGUCUAAAGAUAUUCGCAUAGCUUUCACCAACUUGUUCGUUGGCAUCACGAAGCUUGAGCUGAGCGCCAUGUUCUCGUCGUUUUACGAACUUUGUGAACUUAUCUGCUCAUUUCCUCAAUUGCGGUCUCUAGUUUUGAAUGGUGCAAACUGGCAAACUUACUCGGCUUCUGACUCGAUUUUGACUAUCCCAGCUCUGCGGGAUCUAUCCCUUGGGAGGAUUACAUCGAAGCAGGUGCUAAUAACCUGGAUUUUGACAGGGAGUGCUAAGGAGGCGUUGCUAUGUACUCGGAGUACUCGAUUCACAUCCAUUCGAGAGACCGAGGCUCCUGCGGUUGCAACAUACCUACAUGCCAUCGGCCCCUCCUUGGAGAGUCUCGAACUAGAAUUCUCUGGCCGAGAGGCAUUUUAUACAGUGGAAGCAAAUAACCCGAAAUUGAAGGUUCCACACCCGGCUUCCGUUACAUCGACCAACCUUGCUCACAACUCAAACCUGCGACAUCUUCACCUCAGUAACCUAUUAUUAGGAGAAAUUCCGGGUUACCAUAGAAGAGAAUUCCGAAUUAUCCCUGAAAAAUGGGUCGUCGCUAUGCUCUCCCAAGUUUCGUCGCCAUUGGAAGAGCUCCGGUUGACAGUGGUGAUAGAAAAACAUUCAAAGAGGGUCAAGAGCGAGGACAUUACCGCUAUUGCCAACGCUUUGGUCUGGCCGCGGUUUGCUCAACUGAGGCUCGUCUGGUGGGAUUUUGUGCAGUCAAGCGUAUCUGGAGACAGUCAUUGGAAAAUGAACGUUGAGUGGGAGAAGUCCGAGAUUAGAAAGGCAUUCGGAGUGACGGAGUGGAAGGGCAUUCUCCGGAUUUCGGCUGACCGCCGCGACUUGCUAUAA